GUCUGCUGUGCGUUCGCGAGGCAGCAAGAAACAGAGAGAGGGGGCUGGAGAGAGAAGAUUUAGGAAUUCGUCUGCAGACUUCAAGCUACGCUGUUGGUAAAAUAAUGGCUUAGCAGUUUAAUAAGCUGCUAGUUUGUCCAUGUGGGUAUUCUCUGGGUAAUGAGCAGUGCUAAAACAUCACGCUACAACCGAUACUCCGAAGCAGUAGCAGCACCAGCCACAUCGCCCAUUCCCAGCAGCCCCUCCACCCCCCCAGCACACUCCAGCAACGGGAGCAGGAUGGAGGCCUCAUUUGGCCCUGCCUUCUCAGCCGUGGCCCCUGGAGCUAAAGCAGAGGGGUCUAGCACCUAUAAACAACAUAGAAGAACUCCCUCCUCCUCAAGCACUCUGACGUACUCCCCCCGGGAUGAUGACGAUGGAAUGCCUCCCAUCGGAACUCCUCGGAGGUCUGACUCGGCCAUCUCUGUCCGAUCGCUCCACUCCGAGUCUAACAUGUCUCUGCGCUCUACAUUCUCUCUACACGAAGAGGAAGAGGACACGGAGCCACAAGUGUUUGCAGAACAGCCGUCAGUGAAACUGUGCUGCCAGCUGUGCUGUAACGUCUUUAAGGACCCUGUCAUCACUACAUGUGGGCACACCUUCUGCAGACGAUGUGCCUUGACUUCAGAUAAGUGCCCAGUGGAUGCAGCGAAGCUAACAGUUGUGGUAAACAACAUAGCUGUGGCAGAGCAGAUCGGUGAGCUGUUCAUCCACUGUAAAUACGGUUGUAGAUCCACCGCCAGCGGCACGGGCGGAGCCACAGCCUCCAACGCCACCGUGGCAGGGAAACCUGGAGCGUUUGAGGUGGAUCCGCUGGGCUGCCCAUUCACCAUCAAACUAUCCACACGCAAAGAACACGAGGCCAGCUGUGACUACAGGCCCGUCCGCUGCCCCAACAACCCCUCCUGCCCCCCACUCCUCACUAUGAACCUGGAGGCUCACCUCAAAGAAUGUGAGCACAUCAAAUGUCCACACUCCAAAUAUGGCUGUACAUUCAUCGGUAACCAGGACACGUAUGAAACCCAUCUGGAGGUGUGUAAAUUUGAGGGGCUCAAAGAGUUUCUACAGCAGACUGAUGACAGGUUCCAUGAAAUGCAGCUGACUCUGGCCCAGAAGGACCAGGACAUCGCCUUUCUGCGCUCUAUGUUGGGCAAACUGUCGGAGAAAUUAGAUCAGUUGGAGAAGAACCUGGAGCUCAAAUUUGAUGUGUUGGAUGAAAACCAGAGCAAACUGAGCGAGGACCUGAUGGAAUUCCGUCGAGAUGCCUCCAUGCUUAACGAUGAGCUGUCCCACAUCAACGCCAGACUCAACAUGGGAAUCCUGGGCUCAUACGACCCGCAGCAGAUCUUCAAGUGUAAGGGCACAUUUGUGGGUCACCAGGGCCCUGUUUGGUGUCUGUGUGUCUACUCCACUGGAGACCUGCUCUUCUCUGGGUCCUCAGAUAAAACCAUUAAGGUGUGGGACACCUGCACCACCUACAAGUGUCAGAAAACACUUGAGGGUCAUGAUGGCAUUGUCCUGGCAUUGUGUAUCCAGGGAAACCGCUUAUACAGCGGCUCUGCUGACUGCACCAUCAUCGUGUGGGACAUCCAGACUCUGCAGAAAGUUAAUACUAUCCGUGCCCAUGACAACCCAGUAUGCACACUGGUCUCCUCCCACAACAUGUUGUUCAGUGGCUCCCUCAAGGCCAUUAAGGUGUGGGACAUCUUGGGUACGGAGCUGAAGCUGAAGAAGGAGCUGACUGGUUUGAAUCACUGGGUCAGAGCGUUGGUGGCGUCCCAGAACCACCUGUACAGUGGCUCAUACCAGACCAUCAAGAUCUGGGACAUCCGCUCUCUGGAGUGCGUCCACGUCCUGCAGACCAGCGGUGGCAGCGUUUACUCCAUCGCCGUCACCAACCACCACAUCGUCUGCGGCACCUAUGAAAACCUGAUCCAUGUGUGGGAUAUUGAGUCUAAAGAGCAGGUGCGGACCCUGACGGGCCACGUGGGGACAGUAUAUGCCCUGGCUGUCAUCUCCACCCCUGACCAGACCAAAGUGUUCAGCGCCUCCUACGACCGCUCGCUCAGGGUGUGGAGCAUGGACAACAUGAUCUGCACCCAGACGCUGCUCAGACACCAGGGCAGCGUCACGGCAUUGGCAGUUUCCAGAGGACGCCUCUUCUCUGGAGCUGUGGACAGCACCGUCAAGGUGUGGACGUGUUAAACAGUCAGCGUCACAUCUGUGCGUCCGACGGAUCCGUGAACCGUUUCCACGGCGUCUCCUGCUCCACUGUUGUAUGAUUGUGAUUUACCAGAGCCACGGUAACAGCCACCGGAGGACGGAGCUGCUCCUUCAUGAUCUCAUCACCGAUGCAUUACACAACAAAACAUGGCGAUCUGCCUUGCAGCUGCACCGACUGCAGCCGUACCGACCGCAGGACGCGGGCCGGAACACGCAGCUGUGGGUCUCUGCAGACGUUUUAACGGUCCCGCCCGCUUCCUGUGGACACGCCCGCCACUGAACACUGACGAUGCCUCAUGCAUAUUGUGCUAAAAUACGUCUGAAGGCUGGUUUCACCGUCAGCAGAUGACAGCACAUCACAUUCAUACUAAACACCAGGACAUGUCACUGCUCCUUCUGUUCAGGUCAGAGGUCAGACAGCAUUAGCCCACACUACACUCCAGUUAUUACUCAGACAGACUGUGUUUGCAUUAGGAUUCUAUUUAAUGUGGAAUGAAUCAGUGUUUACUGAUUUAUUUAUCAAUUAAAACCAAAGAAUUUGGGAGCAGAUUCAACACUGAGGUUGAAGUGACAGUUUGAUGGUAACAUGUCAUCAAUAAUCAGACUGUUCAAACGUUCAAUUUUAACAAGUUUCAAAGGGUCUACUGACUAGAAUACCAGCACAUACGUAUGUGUGUUAAAGCAGUGGUCUGGAUUCAGGACCCACUAUCACCCCUCAAAGACAAGACAAGACCCACACUGAUAAAAGUUAAACUUCUCAAAUUUAUUUCAUAAAAGAUGGUGUGUUUUGAACAUGAGAUAAUACAGAAUAUCACAGUA